AUGGCAAUCGCCGCCCUCCCGCCUCUGCGCCCUUUUUUCCAGCCGCCGCGCAGAAAUUUAGGUCAAGGACGUCGGGAUCAAACCCAAACCCUGGCGCUCCUCGGGCGCUCCCGGAGACCCCCAGGACGGGGGGCGGGGGGCUUUCAGGAUGGUGCGGACACCCUCCGCACAAACCCCAGCCACAAGUUUUAUUUUCCUUUCGCGCUGGAAGUUCUGUCUGGCUCUGGAUCCACACCGGCACGUCUUGCGCGGCUCCCCGCCCUUCCCCGGCAGAGGUACGAAUCCGUGCCCGGGGAAGGUUAUUUUGGAACUUUGAGGAAACGGACGCGAUUCCAGUGGCAAGAAGUGGAAGACUCAGAAAUUGAAGCGGGUGCAAAGGUGGGCCGUUGUAACAACACGACGGACAUUUCACCCUCAGCGAGCACCUGUCUUCCUGAAGGGUCCUGCCAUGCGCUGGCUGAACGGAUCAGAAAGUCUGGGCAUUUUGGAGCAGGGAAUGCAGGGCACCACAAGAAGCCAGCAGAAGAGGGGGAUCGGCGAGGAGUUGGCAAAGGCGAAGCCCCUACCAGCCCGGAAGGGGCCCCGGCCUCGCGGAACAGACGCGCCACAGAUUUGCGUGUGAAGGUUCUGUUGCUGCUUCUUCGUUACGGGAAGGCCCCGCGGAACCAAGUCACAGCAGCUCCCCCGCGCACCCAACCAGGAAGCGAGAAAGCCACGUGGAAGACCUUGGCCAAGGAGCCUCGUUUCUAA